AUGAUGGUAGUUGAUGUGGAUGUAAGCCACCGACAGAUUGGCUACUACCACGGACCUACCGCCAAGCCUGUCGGCCUCCACAACGGCUACCUGGCAGACACACAUGAGGUAGCAGCAGCCAAGAACGCUCAUCUCGCCGCUCUAGCCAAGGAAUCUCACUACGGAGGAGACUACGGAUACGAUCAUGGCCAGGAAAACAGUGGCUCUUAUGACGGCCAUCAUGGAGACAUCAGGUACCACGGACCCACCGCCAAGCCUGUCGUCCUCCACAACGGCUACCUGGCAGACACCCAUGAGGUAGCAGCAGCCAAGAACGCUCAUCUCGCCACUCUAGCCAAGGAAUCUCACUAUGAGUACGAUGGAAACUAUGGUUAG